GAUCCAACCUGAACCACCCAACCGGCAACCGCCUCCUCGCCGCCCGCGUCCAAUGCCGCCGCCGCCGCCGCCGCCGCCGUCCGCGUAGCGUCCCCGCGGAGAUGGGCAAUACCUGCGUCGGCCCCAGCGCCGCCGGCCGCAACGGCUUCCUGGCCAACGUCACCAUCUGGCGGCCCCGCGGCGAGGACCCGCCUCCCCCAGCCCUACCGCCGCCCUCCUCCCCCGCCUCCGACAAGGCGCCCGAGCCUGUCACCAUCCCGGAUUCGGAGCAUUCUUCCCACCACUCAUCCCGAUCCUCCGACCAGCCGCCGCCCGCCGCCGCCCAGCCGCAGGGCCAGCAGCAGGAUUACCCUCCGGCGAAGAAACCCGUGCCCAAGGUCAAGCGCGUCCAGAGCGCGGGCCUCCUCGCUGACUCCGUCCUCAAGCGCGACGUCAACACGGCCCGGCUCAAGGACCUCUACACCAUCGGGAAGAAGCUAGGGCAGGGGCAGUUCGGCACCACCUACCUCUGCGUCGAGAAGGCCACGGGCCGGGAAUUCGCCUGCAAGUCCAUUGCCAAGCGGAAGCUGCUCACGGAGGAGGAUGUCGAGGACGUGCGCCGCGAGAUCCAGAUCAUGCACCACCUCGCGGGCCACGCCAAUGUCGUCUCCAUCGUCGGCGCCUACGAGGACGCCGUCGCCGUGCAGCUCGUCAUGGAGCUCUGCGCCGGUGGGGAACUCUUCGACAGGAUCAUCCAGAGGGGGCAUUACUCCGAGAAGGCCGCGGCGCAGCUGACCAGGGUGAUCGUCGGCGUCGUCGAGGCGUGCCACUCGCUCGGCGUGAUGCAUAGGGAUCUUAAGCCGGAGAAUUUCUUGUUUGUCAACCAGAAGGAGGACUCGCCCCUCAAGACCAUCGAUUUUGGCCUCUCCAUCUUCUUCAAGCCAGGCGAAAUGUUUACGGAUGUUGUUGGAAGCCCAUACUAUGUUGCACCAGAGGUUCUGCUAAAACACUAUGGCCGUGACGUUGACGUAUGGAGUGCAGGUGUCAUAAUAUAUAUCCUUCUAAGUGGGGUCCCUCCAUUCUGGGAUGAAAGUGAACAAGGGAUAUUUGAACAAGUGUUGAAAGGUGACCUGGACUUCUCGUCAGAGCCCUGGCCUAGCAUCUCAGAGAGCGCUAAGGAUUUGGUCAGGAAAAUGCUUAUUCGCGAUCCAAAGAAGAGAUUAACUGCCCAUGAAGCCCUAUGUCACCCUUGGGUUUGUGUUGAUGGAGUUGCUCCUGACAGGCCUCUUGAUUCUGCUGUUCUAAGUCGGUUGAAACAAUUUUCUGCAAUGAACAAACUAAAGAAAAUGGCACUUAGGGUUAUUGCUGAAAGUUUAUCUGAUGAAGAAAUUGCAGGAUUAAAAGAAAUGUUCAAAAUGCUUGACACUGACAACAGUGGUCAUAUCACAUUAGAGGAACUAAAAACUGGCUUGCAGAGAGUUGGCGCUACUUUGAUGGACUCAGAAAUCAAUGCUCUAAUGGAAGCAGCGGACAUCGACAACAGUGGAACAAUUGAUUAUGGAGAGUUUAUUGCUGCAACUUUGCAUAUAAACAAAGUCGAAAAGGAGGAUAAGCUUUUCGCAGCUUUCUCAUACUUCGACAAAGAUGGCAGUGGUUACAUAACUCAAGAUGAGCUCCAAAAGGCAUGUGAGGAGUUUGGUAUAGGGGAUACACGACUUGAGGAUAUUAUUGGGGACAUUGAUCAGGACAAUGAUGGAAGGAUUGACUACAACGAGUUUGUUGCGAUGAUGCAAAAGGGAGAUAAUCCACUUGGGAGAAAGGGACAUCAAAGUAAUGCGAAUUUUGGUCUUGGGGAAGCACUGAAGCUUCGGUAAUGGAGUCGCAGAUGUUUCUCAUCCGAGCAAAGUUAUCAUUCAGUAAUUUGGAAAAAAUGACCUGGCAACAGAAUAUCUCCAAAGGCUUGUCGCAUGCAUGCAGGCAUUUCUGAUCUCCAAGGUUCCAUGGCGCCACAAUCAAAAUUCCAGGGUAGCUGAAGCAACCCAGGAGCGAAAAUUUUUGCCAGAAAGCAUCGACCUCACAUAAUUAACAGCAGGGUCGUGAUGCUCAACAUGGCAUCUUUUGAUUUCCCUCCUUUUCUAGUUCACAUGUAGUGGCAACCAAACUUUCUCCACCAUGUAUCUGCGUUGUAAGCAUGAGAUGAGAGUAGGUGAGGUCCUUUUUUCUGCCCCUUUAUCUUUCCAUUCUGAUGAACUGCAGGAACAGUGCCGACCGUUCCUGCAUCUGCAUUCCAGACUAAUGUUUUACUUUUUGGACAUCCGUGUUCGAUAGCAGUGUAGUUCUUAGUGCCUGUAAGAAUAUAAGAUUGUGUUGUAGCCUGUAGGAGUCUGACAAAUUAAACAAGUUCUACUGUGUUUGAUUCUCCGUUAUUGGAACCUGAUGAAUGAUUAUUGAAGCCGCAUUUCUUUCCUA